UCUUCACGUUCUCUACAUAUUGCUCCAUAAGUCCACUCUUCUCUUGGAGUUUUAGUACGCUUCGUAGUAUUUGGCGGCAUUUGAAUUUUACACAAGUUUUAACAAAUUUUAAAAUGGAAGAAGAGAAGAACAAGAAAAAGGAUAAGAAGAAAUCGAUUGGUGAACUGCAAUUAACGACCAAAUGUGAGAUCGAACCUUCGAAGAUGGAAGUGAAGCUCGAAUGUAAAGACUGGCCUCUGCUGUUUAAGAAUUUUGAUAAAAUGUUGACACGCACGAAGCAUUUUACUCCAUUGACCAGUGGUUCUACUCCACUAAAUCGCAGCUUGUCGGAGUAUGUAAAAUCAGGCUGUAUUAAUUUAGACAAGCCAUGCAACCCAUCAUCGCAUGAAGUAGUAGCUUGGAUAAAAAAGAUCCUAAAGGUGGAGAAGACUGGUCAUUCUGGUACAUUGGAUCCCAAAGUAUCAGGAUGCUUGAUAGUCUGUAUAGACAGAGCGACGAGACUAGCCAAGUCGCAACAGUCUGCUGGAAAGGAAUACGUUGCUGUAUUCAAGCUUCAUUCUGCCGCUGAAAGUAUUCAAAAGGUGAAUCAAGCCUUGGAAAAAUUGCGCGGUGCUCUCUUCCAAAGGCCGCCUCUGAUAUCGGCGGUCAAGAGACAGCUCCGCGUCAGAACAGUUUACGACAGUUGGUUCCUCGAUUAUGACAAGGAACGCAAUAUGGGAGUAUUCCGUGUUAGUUGUGAAGCUGGUUCCUAUAUCAGAACUAUGUGUGUCCAUCUUGGACUCUUCUUAGGUACCGGUUGUCACAUGCAAGAACUUCGAAGAAGCCGUUCUGGCGUUUUGUCUGAACAGGAUGGUAUGGUCACUAUGCAGGAUAUUCUUGACGCCCAAUGGCUGUAUGACAAUCACGGAGAUGAAUCGUAUCUAAGAAGAGUUAUAAGACCGUUGGAAUCGCUGCUAAUAAAUCACAAGAGAAUCAUCAUAAAGGACAGCGCUGUAAACGCAGUUUGUUACGGAGCUAAAAUAAUGUUACCAGGCGUUUUGAUGUACGAUCAAGGGAUAGAAUUGAAUGAGGAAAUUGUAAUUGUAACUACCAAAGGUGAAGCUGUAGCAAUUGCUAUAGCUUUGAUGUCUUCUCCAACUAUGGCUGCUUGUGAUCAUGGAGUAGCUGCAAAACUCAAAAGGGUAAUCAUGGAGAGAGAUUCAUACCCAAGAAAGUGGGGUUUGGGACCAAAAGCGUCGCAAAAAAAACGUAUGGUAGCUGAAGGAUUGUUAGAUAAAUAUGGAAAACCAAAUGAAAAAACACCUUCUGAAUGGUCACAUAGUUACCAAGAUUAUCAAAAUCUGGCAACACCAUCAACGACAAUGGCAUCAACGACUGCAUCAACGACUGCAUCAACAACUGCAUCAACAAUUGCAUCAACAACGACGGAAAAUAAUGGUGACAUAGUCAUUGGUAAAAAGAGGAAGAGAGACGACGACACGAGUACAAUGGACGAAGUGAAACAAGAAACAUCAGAGAUUUUAGAAACAUCAUCGCCGAAAGAUAAAAAGAAGAAAAAAGAAAAGAAAAAGAAGAAGGAGAAACAUGACAUAGAAGGCGAAAAGUCCGUAGUAAUGGAAGAAGUUACCAGUGGGGAAUCUUUGGCAAAGGAAGAGAAAAAAAAGAAGAAAAAGAAAAAGAAGGACAAAGAUCAAGAACUUGUGUCAAGUUAG